AUGAUGUGGCCUGAAUUCAGCUUACAGGGCAAUUACAAAUGGAUAAAUCUUUUACCUACGCUCAUAUCAAAGUACAAUAAUAAGAAGCAUCGUACUAUUGGUAUGAAACCCAAAGAUGUUACCGUAGAAGAUACAAGAGAACUGCUGAGACGUAUCCGUAAACUACGAAAAAUUCCGCUGAGAAGAUCAAAAUUUAAAGUUGGAGAUAGAGUUCGGGUUAGCAAGUUUAAAAAUAUCUUUGAAAAAGGAUAUACUCCCAACUGGACAACGGAAAUAUUCACUGUGGAUAAAGUUAAAUCGACAAAACCAGUAACAUACAAACUUUUAGAUUACCAAAAUCAGCCCAUCGAAGGUGGUUUCUAUGAGAAAGAACUGCUGAAAGUCAAACAUCCAGAUGUUUACCUAGUAGAGAAAGUUUUCAAGACUCGUGGUAAUGAUGUCUACGUGAAAUGGCUUGGAUUUGAUAAAUCUCACAAUAGUUGGAUUAAAAAAUCUGACAUGUAA